AUGACGUCGAAAAAUAGAAAUGUCCCAAAGCGUGAAUAUUUCAACGAUCUCGACAAAGAGAGUGAAUCUUCCCCGAUCUCUCUCGAAGAGAUCGAGGCCUAUUGCAAUUCUCGUAGAACAGUCGGCGAAGAAAGAAACUCACUAGAAAUAAAUCCAUUCGACAGUCGUGGUAAUUCGCCUUUCGACCAGAGUGAAUAUACGUGGUCGCGUCCCAAGCAACCACAGCAAUCAGGCAAGCCGCAGCCAGCUGUCCGGGCUGGCACCCCAAGGUACGUCAACUUCGUCAAAGCAACAAAAACAGGCGUCGUGAAGGAGCCGACUUACGAAGCUACAUCUUCGAGUGCUUUUACGAGUUCUUACCAACCAAGUUACUGCCAGAAACUCAAGUGCAUGUACAUAAGAGUCAACGGCGCGCUCACGCAACGCUUCAAUCCAACUGAUCAAAAGUGA